AUGUCCAAGUCACGCCGGAGCGUUCGGUUUCAGCACCGCGAUGCUCGACGAUCGAGCAUAUCAGACGCCAGUGAUGCCGCCUCUGAUCCAGGGAGCCCGACGGGCAACAACGCGGCUGUGGACCGACCCGCCACAAUUCCGGAGGAGAAACCUGAACAGCCUCUAUCCGAGUACGAGAAGAAGAAACAGACCUUUAUCACGCGCACGAUAUGGACUUUUGUCAUGAUUGCCGGUUUCUUCAUUGCAAUGUUUUCGGGCCACAUAUACAUCAUCGGAAUCGUCACUGCUAUUCAGAUUAUCUCGUUCAAGGAGGUCAUUGCCAUUGCCAACGUGCCGAGCAAGGAGAAGAAUAUUCGCUUCACCAAGUCGCUGAACUGGUACUUUUUGGCGACCAGCAUGUACUUUCUCUAUGGAGAGAGCGUUAUCUACUAUUUUAAGCACAUUCUUUUGGUCGACAGGGUCUUGCUCCCUCUGGCGACUCACCACCGGUUCAUCAGCUUUACCCUCUAUGUUAUGGGCUUUGUUUUCUUCGUUGCUUCUCUGCAAAAGGGUCACUACCGAUUCCAGUUCACCCAGUUCGCAUGGACCCACAUGGCACUGUACUUGAUCGUCGUGCAGGCGCAUUUCGUCAUGAACAACAUCUUGGAGGGCAUGAUCUGGUUUUUCCUUCCGGCGGCUCUUGUGAUUACCAACGAUAUCUUCGCUUAUGUCUGCGGUAUCACAUUCGGGAGGACCCAGCUUAUUCAAUUGUCGCCUAAGAAGACGGUCGAGGGGUUCUUGGGCGCCUGGGUCUGCACUAUUAUCUUCGGCUACUUCAUGACCAACAUCUUGAUGCGCUACAAGUACUUUAUCUGCCCCGUCAAUGACCUUGGAUCCAACGUUUUGACCGGCUUGGAGUGCGAGCCCAACCCGGUCUUUGUGCCACAGGAGUUUACUAUCCCAGACUGGACUGGGUUUGGCACAUCGUUCUAUCUCGCGCCCAUGCAGCUGCAUAUCCUGCUGUUUGCUACUUUUGCCUCCCUGAUUGCUCCAUUUGGCGGAUUCUUCGCAUCGGGUCUCAAGCGCACUUUCAAGAUCAAGGACUUUGGCGAGUCUAUUCCAGGACAUGGCGGAAUCACGGACCGAAUGGACUGCCAGUUCAUCAUGGGAUUCUUCGCUUUCAUGUAUUACCACAGCUUCAUUGCGGUCUACAAGGCGAGCGUUGGUGAUAUCAUCGAGGCUGCAAUCACUGGCUUGACGGUCGACGAGCAGUUUGAGGUCGUUCGCGGUCUCACCAAGUAUUUGUACAACCAGGGUGCCGUUCCUGAGUCGGUCCUCGAGGUCCUUAGCUCGGAACUCAAGCGCCGUUGA